AUGGAGGUAGUAGAGCUGUGUCCUAAUAAAAGGGCGUAUCGAGCCCAAGUCAGACCAACCACUUGCCCAUGCAAUAUGAAAUGUACAAAACGUUACGUGCAACCAGCCAGGGAGAAAUCUUAUGCUCCAGAAAAAGUUUAUUGCCCCCCUACGAAACCUAUCGAUGCAAACACAACAUAUCAUUUAUCAUACCUAAACGUUGAUAAAGCAGCAGCACGACAUGCGAAAACUCAAUCUUUCAAACCAGUUCACUCUCUUGACAGAGCUAUGGGAAAAAUAUCUGAUGAAACAACGAAUCGACUGAGCUUUCGAGCUAACUGGGGUAUUACUAGAGCAAAGGCCUUUACCCCUUCCCGCAGAACCCAAAGCGGUCAAGGUCCGAUGCAAUGUAUAACAACUGCGCGUCAUGAUUAUGUACCAAAAUAUGUACCAAGAAUGGAUUUAUUUGUGCCGUGCAAUAACAUUCGCACGAGUAAGGGCGUUUUGGACGACAAAACAACUGCUGCGUUGUCGUACAUGAAUCCAGGCCCUGUAGAACCUGUGGUUAAUUACAAACCUGAAGGGCAAUACUGCCCUCCAGAGAAGAGUAUAGAAAAAUACACAACACAAAAGCUUAGCUAUCAACCGUUUCGAGUUCCAAGAAAAGAAAUUUAUCCUUGGAAACUGAAACAAGCAUACAAGUACAAGUUUUUAGAUUAUUUUCAUUUGAUAGUGGAGACAAUUUUAAGCUAUUAUAAAAACCAAUCACUGUUGCAGCCAUUGAAAUUUAAAAUAUUGUGUAAAAGACCGCCAGACGCAACAAUGGAGGGUGCAACAACCUACUCGAAGAGUUAUCUACAAAAUGAAAAUUUGGCCCGGGAACAACCGUUUAAACCUGCAAAUGAUAGCACUAUAUUCCCUGGCGGCGCUCAAUUUGCAGGGAAAACAAUCUAUGGGGAAAGCUUUUUACCCUGCGAUAUCGAAAGACCAGUUCCGAUUCGCCCUUGCAGUAAUAUUGCUAGGUCCAAUCAAAAGAUGUCUGGUGAUACUACUAAUAAGUUGAGCUACCAACCAGUAUCGGUUGAAAAAAGAGGUCUCAUAAUUCCGAGUCGCAGAAAUAUGAUGGGUGACGGGCCUAUGCAAUGCCUUACAACUAACAGACACGACUUUGUACCGAAACUUGUUCCACGACCUGAUCUGGUUAUUCCUUGUGAUAAUAUUCGAUCAUCCGAUCAACCGCUCGAAGGUAGGACUACUGCAACUCUUUCAUACAUGGAUCCUGGACCUAUAGAACCAGUGACGAGUUAUAAGCCAUCAUCACAAUAUUGCAAACCUGCGGCGAAGAUAGAUGGAGAAACCAUCAACAAACUAUCCUAUCAGCCGUGGAUUCCAGGACCUAAAAUGGAUUUGCCUUGGGCUCGAAAGACACAAUACAAACCGCCCACAACUAAGAUGGGCGAUGAUACUGUGUAUCACCAGAGCUACCCUGCUCCGGGUUACUAUAUCGAAGACUGUGUUUUGGACGAGUGUCCCUGCCCACCAGAAUCACAAGAAGAUUGUGGCCCGGAUUCGUUAUAAUGUCCAAAAUAAU